CAUUUUUUAAAAAUUUCAAAUUUGACGCCGGUUCCGGCGCCCGUACGUCCUGACGUCACAGGGACCGGAUGCCGGCACCGGCCGGAGGAGAUGGCCGGGGGCGCUGCAGGGGACACAUCGUGGGAAGCGAAGGACAAGGUAAGUGCUGCAGGGACUCCCUGAGCAACGCCGCAUGGUAAGCCCGAGUGUAGCUCGGGGUUACCGCUCUUGGUACUCAAAUUUUACCGGGGCUACACUCGGGAAUACCGCUAAGGAGGUUAAAGUCCAGCCUUGUCUUGCGCUCCCGCGAUGU